GUGUCUCCAGGCGAUGAAGGAGGAUGGAAUGGGGCCAUCGCCGACGGCUUACUCGGCUCUGGCGAACGCCUACGCGCAGCUGGGGAUGUGUGAGCAGACGCUUCAUGUCCUCCAGACGAUGGAGAAAGAGAACAUCGAGAUCAACCUGGCGAUGCUCAACUUGCUCAUCAACGCCUUCAGCAUGGCCGGGAGAAGCCAGGAGGCGUUCGCGGUGUUUGAGUACAUCAAGGAGGCUGGAUUGACGGCGGACAAGAUCACUUACACGACGCUCAUGAAGGCUUUGAUCCGAGCCGAGAAGCUGGACGAGGUCUCGGGUGUGUUUGACGAGAUGAUCAAGGCUGGGUGUAGGCCGGAUGGGAAAGCUAAAGACAUGCUUCGCAGUGCUUUUCGAUUCAAAGAACGCGAGUUGUCACCGAAAGAUAAGAGCUUCGCGGAGGAGUACUUGGCCAAAUGAGAAGAAGAAGAAGAAGCUACUCGCUGGAAUCGAACCUCGUCAGGCUUAAACCCCUGAUAUUCUAAAUUUUUAGGGCGGGAUGGGAGCGCUCAAGCAGCGGAGGAAGAGCGAUGGCGCUCCCGAUGGCGCCGCUGCUCCUGUGCGAGGAUUGGAUAGGAAAUCCAGCGGGAGCCUGUGGCUGGCGCCUUGUCCCAGCAAGCGAUGGGGCGAGCUCUUCUUUCUGGCGUAUAGUCCCGUUUGGAUCGUGCUGUGUCUCGGAAUCAUAGUGCCGCUCAGGAUCUACGAGCAUUUUAAGGAGCUCGAGUAUUUUCUGCUGGGAUUGGUGGUGGCACUGCCGUGUUUUGUCGUUCCAGUGUUUCUCGUUGGAAAGGAAGACAAGAAGCUGCGUUGGUAUGAUCGCUACUGGAUAAAGGCGAACUUGUGGGUUGCGAUUUUCGGAUACGUUGGAAACUACUUCUGGACGCAUUACUUCUACACUGUUCUUGGUGCAACUUACACGUUCCCGUCCUGGAGGUUAAAUCAUGUGCCGCUUGUGACAUUCUUCCUUACGCAUGCUUACUUCCUCUUUUAUCAUAUGGUGUCCGACUUCACGCUGAGGCGACUCCGCCACGCUCUCAAAGGAUCAAACCGAGUUUUUAGCUGGGGAUGUCAAGCGCUGUGGAUCUUCGGUUUGUCCUACCUUACGGCGAUCAUGGAAGCUGUGACAAUCUCCAACUUUCCUUACUACGACAUGGUGGACAGAGACGCAUUCUACAGAAUUGGAUCGCUAUUCUACGCCAUAUACUUUUUUGUGAGCUUCCCCAUGUUUAUCAGGCUAGAUGAAAAUCCUCGCUCUCGAUGGACGCUGUCGCAAACUGCCAUUGAUUCCUUGGCUGCGGCGAUGAUCGUGACGAUCUUGCUAGAUCUGUGGAGAAUUGGUCUGGGUCCUAUCGUGAAGUUACCAGGAGCAGCGUCUUAUGAAUCGUGUGUUUCCUAUGGUAUUCCCUGGCUCGCGUGAACAUUGCAGAAGGACAAAUCAUAAGUGGAAACUCCAUUCUGUUGUGGUAUCCUUGGGUGCCUGUAGGUCCAGAUCCUGUGCCUGAAAAUCAUGUCAAUGGGUGAAAAAACCAUCGGUUACUGUUAGUAUUGCACUGCCAGAUGGCAUCAAUUUGCUCCACAUUACCAAAUUCAACAUUUUUGUGUUC